ACCGGGCCGCCGGCCUCUUCCCCUGACUCUGGAGUAGGAAGCGACUUCGGAGCCCAGGGUUUGGGUCGUUGUUUCCGCCGUCUGAACCGAGACCCCGAGGCAGAGGUCCGCGGCGGAUGGCCGAGCGAGCGGGCGAGUGUGGGUGCUGACGAGACGCGAAGGGCCGGGCCGGCCAGGGCGGAGUGGAGCGGCGGCGGCGGCGGCGGCGGCGGCGGCCGGGCGAGGACGAGGCGGCUCCUGCCCCUCCCCCCUCCCUUAGCGCAGCAAUAUGGAUCCGAGCUUAUUGAAGGAACGGGAGCUGUUCAAGAAACGAGCCCUCUCCAAUCCAUCUGUGGAGAAACGUCCAGCGCUUUCUGAGUCACCCUCAUCAUCCAAGAAGAAGAAAGCCAAGGUCGAGCAGGGAGGGUCAUCAGGCUCCAAACAUAACUCAGAUCACAGUAAUGGAUCCUUUAACUUCAAAGCUCUUUCUGGAGGCUCAGGAUACAAAUUUGGAGUUCUGGCAAAGAUUGUAAAUUACAUGAAGACCCGACACCAGAGAGGGGACACGCAUCCAUUGACUUUAGAAGAAAUUUUGGAUGAAACCCAGCACCUGGAUAUAGGGCUCAAGCAGAAACAAUGGCUGAUGUCUGAGGCGCUGGUCAACAACCCCAAGAUUGAAGUCGUAGAUGGGAAGUACGCCUUCAAGCCCAAGUACAACCUGAAAGAUAAAAAGGCUUUGCUUCGGCUCCUCGAUAAGCAUGACCAGAGGGGCUUAGGAGGGAUCCUCCUAGAGGACAUCGAGGAGGGGCUGCCUAAUGCCCAGAGAGCCAUCAAGGCCUUAGGGGACCAGAUCAUCUUUGUCACUCGUCCUGACAAAAAGAAGAUCCUUUUUUUCAAUGAUAAGAGCUGUCAGUUCACCGUGGAUGAAGAAUUUCAAAAGCUUUGGAGGAGCAUCACUGUGGAUUCGAUGGAUGAGGAGAAAAUUGAAGAGUAUCUGAAGCGACAGGGGAUUUCUUCUAUGCAGGAGUCUGGACCAAAGAAGGUGGCUCCCAUUCAGCGGAGGAAGAAACCAGUCUCACAAAAGAAGCGAAGGUUCAAGACUCAAAACGAGCACAUGGCCGGGGUCUUGAAGGAUUACUCUGACAUUGCUCAGGGAAAACAGUGAGUGGUUUCCCUUCCGAUCAGCCGCACUCACCGAAGAUCUCACUGAGGAUGCCCCGGCUGGUGUCGCUAGAGGGCAGUCCCUCCCGUUUACAGAACAAGUAUGAGGCGCUGGCCUUCUCUGACCUUGCUUCAAUUGAUUGACUGCGAGGUCAUUCCCCUGGGUUUGUUCACCUUGUGAAAGGUGUGCCCGAUGGCGUCGUCAUCCGAUGUUUAAGUCUGCUUCUGCUCCUGCUUCCAUUUCCCCCUUUUGUUAUUAGAACAAGUUUGCAGAUAGAACUGAAUGCCAUACGUGUUUAUUCUCAGAGAACCUAUUUAUAAUAAAAUCCUUGAGGAAACACCUUCAAGGGACUAGUGAAUUCUGUUUGUUUUCUCUCUCCUGAGCAGCAUUAGGUAAACCCUAGGAUGGGUGCCUACUUGUGGGGACACACAGCCCUGGCAAAGCCUGGAUUGUCCAGUGCACUUUGAACAGGACAGCGGCCUAAGCGCUGCCUCUUGUUGGACAGUUAAAAUGAGAAAGACAACUCGAAUGCAUUGCUGAAACACUCAGGACCACGGCUCACUCCACAGCUUCGGGCUCAGGAAGUCAUGGUCUGAAGCGGCGUUCCAAAAUCCAGAGCACAUUGUCUGGUCCCUCAUCUGUCUGUCCUCCCCGUGGGCCACGACGGGCCCGUCUUGUAUCUUCCCUAUCUAAACGGAGCGGCGCCUGUUGGCUGGGUGGCGCACCCACCCUUGGGCCAGCUCAGGGACACCUUCUGCCUUUCGUCUUGGCCUCGAUGUUCAUGUUUUCCUUCUGGACUCUUCUUUGGACUUGCUCCUCAGCCUCUGCUCCACCGUCAGUGGCCACGUGUACAGGACUAUGCAGGAAGCUCUGUGUGCAGCAAUGCUCUUUGGGCUGCUUAAGGAUGUACAAAGGGAUGACUGAAGGGGGGGGGCAUUGGUGGGAAGACUGGGGUUCUGUGACCCCUUGUUCAAAAGCCACUCCUCAGUGCUCUGCACCUCAGGGCUAUGGUGAUAGGGUAUGACCAGAGGGAUGGCAGCAGCCGCAUCCACCUUCUGAAGGCCCACGCUGGUGCAAAUUGUUCCUGUGUUUGGGAGAAAGUGGAAACAUGGUGGGCAAGUGAUCCUUGUGCUCAUGUGGAUGCAGAGAAAACCUUUUCUGGACUAAACAAAAGCAGGAACACUGAGUUAGUUAACCACAUUGUCUAUGGAAAUAGUGUGGUGUAAUGGAGAAGGCACCCCAGCCUUUGGAGUCAUCCGACGUGAAUUAUUCCCACCUGAAGCAUGUCGCUGAGGGUCACGUAGGUUGUGGGUGACGGAGGCAGCAUUCAAACUCAGAUCCUUGAACUCUCAAUCUCUGCCAUACCAUGCUGAUUUUUCUUAGUUCAGAAGGCCCAAUCCUUCAAGGGAAGUGAGGAUAUUUUGUAUUUGUGUAUAUUUUUCUUGGGUUUCUAUUUUUAAAUUUUAAUGAUUAAAUUCUAAGUUUAUCAAACUCCAAACCAUGAAAACAAAGGCUAUGAGCAUCUCUGUAUACAAAGCAGAACACAGAAAGAGGAUUGUCUGUGAAACUGUGAACUUCUGCAUUCCGGGCGCUUUUUAAAAUGCAUAUAAUAAAUUCAACAUGCUCCUUUGAAAA